UUGUCGUCUCUCUGUACUACACCUGCUCUUUCUUUUUCCUCCUGCUCGGGAAUGAUGGAGCUUGGACCGAGAUGGCUCAAUCUGAUCUACUUUGUGGUUCUGUGCCUCUCACUCUCCCAGCCUGGAUACUCAAACACAAAAAAGGCCUCCAAGACACCACGCUGUCCUGCGACCUGCUCAUGUACCAAAGACAGUGCCUUCUGUGUGGAUACCAAGGCUAUACCAAAGAGCUUCCCACCUGGGGUCAUCUCACUGACGAUGGUGAGCACAGCAUUUACCGCAAUCCCAGAGGGAGCUUUCUCACACCUUCACCUCCUCCAAUUCCUGCUCUUGAACUCCAACACAUUCACCAUGAUUUCUGAUGAUGCAUUUGCGGGUCUUUCUCACCUGCAGUACCUAUUUAUUGAGAAUAAUGACAUCCAGACCCUCUCUCAGUAUACCUUCAGAGGAUUGAAAUCUCUGACUCAUUUAUCCCUCUCAAACAACAACCUGCAGCAGCUGCCCAGAGAUCUAUUUCAACAUCUUGAUAUCCUUACCGAUUUGGACCUCCGAGGAAACUCCUUGCGCUGUGACUGUAAAAUCAAGUGGCUGGUUGACUGGAUAGAAAAGACCAACACUUCCGUUCCUUCCAUCUACUGUGCAAGCCCUUUUGAAUUCCAGGGUCGCAGAGUCCAUGAUCUCGCCCCACGAGACUUUAACUGCAUCAGUGCAGAUUUUGCUGUUUAUGAAAUGUUCCCGUUUCACUCCGUGUCAGUGGAGUCUUACGAGUUCAGUGGCGAUCACUUUGUGACCUUUGCUCAACCUGAUUCGGGUUUCUGCACUCUGUAUGUGUGGGAUCAUGUCGAAAUGGCCUUUAGGACUUUUCAAAACAUUACUUCUCGCUCAGCGGUGUACUGCAAACCAGUGGCGAUAAACAACGUGCUGUACAUGGUUGUGGCUCAACUUUUUGGUGGCUCUCAUAUCUACAAGUGGGAAGAGGACCCACAGCGUUUUGUAAAGAUCCAAGACAUUGACACAACUCGUGUGAAGAAGCCCAACUUCGUGGAGACCUUCCAGCUGGAUGGUGAAUGGUACUUUGUCGUCGCUGACAGUUCCAAGGCCGGUUUAACCAGCAUUUACCGGUGGAACAGCAAUGGUUUUUACUCCCAUCAGUCCCUCCAUCCUUGGCAUCGCGACACCCACGUGGAGUUCCUCGAUGUUGGAGGAAAGCCUCACCUCAUCCUCUCCAGUGCCACUCAAACACCGUUGAUUUACCAGUGGAAUCGAGGGCAGAAGCAGUUUGCGGUCUACUCCCAAAUCACAGAGCAAGCUGACGUGCAGAUGGUUAAGCACUUUUGGAUCAGGAAGGUUCUUUACCUUUGCCUCACACGCUUCAUAGGUGACUCAAAGAUCCUCCGCUGGGAAGGGCAGCGUUUCAUCGAGAUCCAGGCUCUUCCCUCUCGUGGCUCAAUGGUAGUGUAUCCUUUCACAGUGGGCCUGCGUCACUACCUCAUCCUUGGAAGCGAUUUCUCUUUCUCCAGAGUGUACUUAUGGGAUGAUCUCACUCAGCGUUUCCAUCCCUUCCAAGACCUCAACAUGAGAGCACCAAGAGCCUUCAGCUUGGUGUCGGUCGACAACAAGGAUAUUAUGUUGGCUGCCAGCUUCAAGGGCAACUCUCUGGCCUAUCAGCACCUGCUAGUGGAUCUCAGUGCCAAGUAGAAAUAUGAGCGUCAAAAAGACAAGAUGACAUGUGGCAAAAAAAAAAAAAAUGGUAGGAAAGGUUGGAAAGUUUUAUUGUUGAUGUUGAAAAUUAUUAAUUUAACAUUUAAAAAAUUUUUUUUUAGGAAUUAUCCCUGCGAAUCUGAAAUGAAUCAUGUUAAAUUAACUCUCAGUGUCAUGCUGAGUGGCUGCUUUUGUAUAUAUAGCAUUCUUUUUGUCAUUGUUAAUUUCUUUACUGAAAUGUAUGUGCAUUUUAAACAGAUACAGGUGGUCCUCGGGUUACAAGCGUGUUUCAUUCCUUGAUUGUAAGUCCAGUUUUAGUUGAAGUCGGAACUUACUGUAUACCGAAAUUAUACCUAAAUUAACUCCUAAGUCACUCACGCUGUACACAGAACACAGAAGAAGAUAAAAUACAGUAAUAAAAAGACUGAACACAAGAAUUAAAUGAAAGCGUAAUGACAAGAGUACAACAGGCCUUUCUACCUUCUUAGAAUAUUGUCCUAGGCUAGUCUGGAAGGAUAACUUUCUCUUCUCCUCCCAGAUAUUCUUGUAACAGCACAUGGAAUCCAUGACCCCUCUCGCCUUCAUUAACAUUCAAUGAUCUUUAUCCUUAAUGAUGGUCGCGACAGUCGAGUGACUGAGACCAAAAGAGCGGCCAAUAUUGGCGGGCAUGUCUCCCCUCUCUGAGUUUUUUACUUCUAUGGCCAAGGCUUGCCUUUUUCUUGGCACACUGCUGCUUGGAUAACAUAAUGAAGUGCAAAACAUGAAUUAAAAAGCAAUGUUAUCCUUCCUCAGUGUAGUUGUGCAGGCACAUACCGUGUUCUUCCGCCACGCACAGUGUAACAAGUUCUGUCAUGCAAUGUCAUGCUUUGUUGGUCUUGCUGCCGUGUGUUGCAGUGCCCUUUUUUGGUAGUUCCUAGAGCAAAAUCACUGCUGCACACCUGCUUCCAAUUGUUUAUCAGGCCUUUAUCAAGAUGCCAUUUGCCCCAGUCAGACACUGGACUGUCUUCCAUGCUGUGCCGCAUGUUACCAUAGUCUUGCUCCUUGCCUUGCUAGGUAGCUUUAGUAUUUUGGCUUUGGUCUUGCGUUGUACUUUCUAUUUUUGUGUGGCUAUGCCCCCAGCCUGUGCUGUGAUUUUGUUUUUUGUUUUUUCCCCCUGCGGCAACCUUUUGUUGCAGACACUUUUUGUUCUCCUUUUUGCUUGUAUUCAUGCGUAUCGUGCACCUUUUGUUCUGUAAAACUUUGUUUACUUUACUUUGUGUCUGUCUGCUUUGGGGUCCAAACCCAUGGCUACCCUGCUCACUUGUGACAUUCGUAACCACGAAACGUCAUAACAUGGAAUGUUGUUAGUUAGUUUUUCAGCUAUCUUUUUGUUUUGCAAUAAUGACAAACAUGAUCUAAAUGGCCUGAAGAAAGCUAAUUAAAUGAAAAGGUGGCAAUGCAUAUGUUGCUUGUCUUAUAUUAUAUUUUAUUUUGUUGUAAUUGUGUGUCCAUGUUCUAAAAAAAUGCAAUUUCAGCUUCCUUUGGGAGUGUUACUUAAAAACAAGUGUAAAAACAGAAAAUCAGGGAUUGUGCAUUCAUAUUGUUAACCUAGUAUUACUCCAGAACGACCUUAAUAUUAUCAUUUUAAUGUAUACAUGGUCAAAACCCUUGAUUCCACAGUGGCUGUGCGCAUUUAAGGACAAGGCAAGUAUGAAUAAAUCGUGCUUUGUAGUCCAAUGUGCAAGUGAAUAGCUGUUUGUCUAUGUUUACCCUGCGAUUGGCUGGCGACCAGUCCAGGGUGUACCUUGCCUCUCGCCCGAAGUUAACUGGGAUAGGCUCCAGCAUACCCCGUUUCCCUAGUGAGG